AUGGCGUCCAAUAAUAUUGGCAGCUACUCGGCGUAUCACCUGUGGCUCGGACGUGUGAAGGAUAGCACUAAGAGCUCUCGCAUCAACCGCUAUGCUUCUUAUGGGUUUCUCGGAACGGUGGAGUGGGCAUUGGACUUGACUAAUUUUGUCCUAACUGCUGCUGAAGCCGAUGCAACUUCCAACAUCACCGCCGCGGAGGACGCGUUUACGGCUGCUCUGAGCCUAAGCGGAUACAAUACAUCUAACUUUGAGACCUAUAAUCUCACUCUACUCGCCUCCAAGCUUGUUGGCUGGCAUGGUUGUGACCCACUUCAGAAGAAGGAAAUCUACUCAGGGUGGCAACAAUCCUGGGAGAUUAUGAACUACAUGAUGAGCGAAGCAUAUGAUGACAAAAUAAACUGGAACGAGGCAGCUACCGUCGAGUAUCUGGGCGCACCAGCUAUGAACCAGCACCUGCGGGAAAGAUUCAAAAAUAUCUACGUGAAUCUUGCCACAAUUCAGCCUGGGUGGAUAGGAAUGCCAUGGGACUGGAGAAUUGUGGCUCGCUGUGAUGAUCCCCACCUGGCUUGUUCAUGCGGCCGUGAUACCCAAACCGUGGCAUACACAGUCAACAGUGAUCAAGACGAGCCUUCUGCCCCUGCUAUCAAUUUCUGCCCACCAUACUUCGGUCAACCCACUCUCAAAACCGUACUUGAAAGCGCAAACCCUGGUUUCACACCGGCGAUCUAUGCUGAUAUGAACAACUACAAUGGGAAUCAGGCUACCACGUGGAUGCAUGAGCUUCUACACAUUGAUUGGGUUGCCUUAGCAAACGGUUGGGGUCCAAAUACUCAUGUCACGGAUAUCAAGAUGAAGUACAAUUACGACACGGGUUCAAAAUGGGUCACGGCAUACGCACCGUACUUGAAUAAGGGUCUUGCGCGUGUGCAAACCCAAUUCGCGGAUUGGACGAUCCAAAAUGCGGACAGCAUGGCUCUAUUUGCCUUGGCCAAGUUCAUCCAAAACAAGCUUGGCGAUAUCUAUCCACAUCUUCCCCUGGCGCCUCCGCCACCACUUGAUGUUAAAAGAUAUUUGGUCCCCGGUUACUUUGAUUAUUAUGCCAACGGCACUGGCGAGAUUUUGAACCAAACAGCAAUGGAUGACGCAUCGUGGACCGCCUCUAUGGGUACUUGCGCUCUCGGUACUGACCCGGAUGGAGCCGCAGGAAGUGCCGCCAUAGCAACUGUGACUUCCUGGCCUGUUCAGACUGACUAUCCGGAUGACUAUCUCUCCAGCUGGUCAUCAUGGGCAGGACUUGCGACAUCUACCACGAGAAAAGCGACAUCAACUACCACUGCCGCUCCUACUCCAACCGAAUCGUGGUCUAUCGCCAUUUACAGUGAGAAAGACUGUAGUGGUGACUAUUAUGUAGUUUCAGGUUACAACGAAGACACCACCCAGAACACGUGCUUGGUCAUUAACGACUUAACCACAACUUCGUCAGACACUGAUGUUUCUUGCGGAUGGUACACCGAUGGGGGUUUCUCUAAUACCUCAUGUGAUAAGGGAACCCUGACCAAGCCUCUGUCGUGGCGAAUCACUGGUCCUAAUGGUGCAAUCUGCACCGCUUACAACACUAAUACUUGUGACAAUAAUGGGUACGAAGAUGCUUACACGACAUGGGAUGAGUGCCACAACUACUCCUCCUCAAAUUUUGAUACUGAAGAGUGGAUCGCAUUGCAGUGUGGUUUGUAG